CCCUACGGACGCAUGCUUGGAAGACAUGCGCUUUGCGGCAAAGUCCUCCUUUUCUCCACACACGCUUCUAAGCCUCGGCACAUCUCCUCACAUCGCUACUAACUACACUUUAUUCAUCCUCCGUGUCAGGGUAAACUCCACUCGUCUCAGCCAAAUUUGGAGAUUAUUAGGCCCGUUUAGCUUGAUAGUUGUUUGAGCGCGCCAAUUAGCUUAGCAUGCUAGUUAGCUUAGCUUGUUAGCCGCUAACAAAGAGACGCGGAUUUGAUCAACACAUCGCUUAGUUAAGCUCAAGUGUGAGUGUAAAGUGUUGUGAUUGUGUGAAAAUGUGCGAAAGAACGAUAGCAAAGUAUGAGGAAGAACUUUGUUGUGUGAAAAUGUGUGAAAGAACGAUAGCAGAGUACAAAGAGGAACUUUCUCGUACAAAAGAAGAGAACGAGAGACUACGUCAACUAUUGGAGGCUGUUUUCAAGAAACCUCAAGUUGUGUUACACAGAACAGACCUCAAUAAAGAACAUCUUCCUCAUGAGCAGGAAGAAGAGCCACAGCCCCACCACAUUAAAGAGGAAAAAGAGGUACCACAUUCCCAACACAUUAAAGACGGAGGAGAGGACCCACAGCCCCCCCACAAUAAAGCGAAACAUGAGACGCCACAGACCCAUAAUGUUAAACUGACCCUUCACAAUAAAAGGCAAGCGGAGGACCCACUGAUCUUACACAUCAAAAAUGAAGAGGAGGACCCACUGACCCCUCACUUUAAGGAGCAAGAGAACCUGCUGACCCCUCACAUUAAAAAGGAAGAGGAGGACCCACUGACACCCUACUUUAAAGAGGAAGAGGAGGACCAAGAGCCGCCGCACAUUAGAGAGGAAGAGGAGGAAGAGGGCAUCAGUCAGCCUAAAUGGUUGGAGGAGUUCCCAGUGACUGGUGUCCCUGUGAAGAGUGAAGAUGAUGAGGUGAAAGGUGAAAGUGAGGAGAGGGGAGGGGGGGAGCCUCCAAGCAGCAGCUCAACACAACACAUGACAACAGAAGCUGAUGGAGACCACUGUGGAGGAUCACAAGCAGACAAGCUCUUAGCUCCACUAUCAGAUAGUGAGGACACAACGUCACACUCUCCUGACACUGAUGAUGAAGACUCUAAAGAUGAUAAGACAUGUCACACUGACAACACUCACUUCACAUCUUCUCACUCUCACAAAACUUUUAAAUACCAUUGUAGUCUGAAAAGACACAUGAGAACACACACUGGAGAAAAACCUUUUUCUUGCUCAGAAUGUAGUAAAGGUUUUACACGAAGUCAACAUUUGAAAGUACACAUGAGAACACACACCAGUGAAAAACCUUUUUCUUGUUCAACCUGUGGUAAAGGUUUUACACAAAGUCAACAUUUGAAAGUACACAUGAGAACACACACUGGUGAAAAACCUUUUUCCUGUUCAAUCUGUAGUAAAGGUUUUACACGAAGUCAGAGUUUGAAAGAACACAUGAGAACACACACUGGUGAAAAACCUUUUUCCUGUUCAAACUGUGGUAGAGGUUUUACACGAAGUCAGAGUUUGAAAGAACACAUGAGAAUACACACUGGUGAAAAACCUUUUUCCUGUUCAAUCUGUGGUAAAGGUUUUACACAUACUAACAAAUGGAAAAGACACAUGAGAAUACACACUGAGGAAAAACCUUUUUCCUGUUCAACCUGUGGUAAAGGUUUUACACGAAGUCAGGGUUUGAAAGAACACAUGAGAAUACACACUGGUGAAAAACCUUUUUCCUGUUCAACCUGUGGUAGAGGUUUUACACGAAGUCAGAGUUUGAAAGAACACAUGAGAAUACACACUGGUGAAAAACCUUUUUCCUGUUCAAUCUGUAGUAAAGGUUUUACACGAAGUCAGAGUUUGAAAGAACACAUGAGAACACACACUGGUGAAAAACCUUUUUCCUGUUCAAACUGUGGUAGAGGUUUUACACGAAGUCAGAGUUUGAAAGAACACAUGAGAAUACACACUGGUGAAAAACCUUUUUCCUGUUCAAUCUGUGGUAAAGGUUUUACACAUACUAACAAAUGGAAAAGACACAUGAGAAUACACACUGAGGAAAAACCUUUUUCCUGUUCAACCUGUGGUAAAGGUUUUACACGAAGUCAGGGUUUGAAAGAACACAUGAGAAUACACACUGGUGAAAAACCUUUUUCCUGUUCAACCUGUGGUAAAGGUUUUACAGUAGGUCAGAGUUUGAAAGUACACAUGAGAACACACACUGGUGAAAAACCUUUUUCCUGUUCAACCUGUGGUAAAGGUUUUACACACAGUAGCAAAUUGAAAAGACACAUGAGAAUACACACUGGUGAAAAACCUUUUUCCUGUUCAAUCUGUAGUAAAGGUUUUACACGAAGUCAGAGUUUGAAAGAACACAUGAGAACACACACUGGUGAAAAACCUUUUUCCUGUUCAAACUGUGGUAGAGGUUUUACACGAAGUCAGAGUUUGAAAGAACACAUGAGAAUACACACUGGUGAAAAACCUUUUUCCUGUUCAAUCUGUGGUAAAGGUUUUACACAUACUAACAAAUGGAAAAGACACAUGAGAAUACACACUGAGGAAAAACCUUUUUCCUGUUCAACCUGUGGUAAAGGUUUUACAGAAAGUCAGAGUUUGAAAGUACACAUGAGAACACACACUGGUGAAACACCUUUUUCCUGUUCAACCUGUGGUAAAGGUUUUACAGUAGGUCAGAGUUUGAAAGUACACAUGAGAACACACACUGGUGAAAAACCUUUUUCCUGUUCAACCUGUGGUAAAGGUUUUAGACACAGUCAGAGUUUGAAAGUACACAUGAGAACACACACUGGUGAAAAAUCACAUUCCUGUUCAAUCUGCAACAGAAGCUUUAGUGAGCGAUCAACCCUUGUAAGACACAUGAGAAAACACCCAGGAGAGAAAGUGUUGAGUUGCAGUGUGUGUGGUGAAAGAUUGUCUUCUAAGUACCAGUGUAAGAAACACAAGUGUGCCGGUGAGAACAGCAGCAGCAAAUGAAACUGCAGGAUUUGAAAUAAACUGUCCAGACUUUCAUUUUGACUUUCUAACAACAUCAGCACAUAUAACAUGUGUGACAUUGUUGUUUGUCUAACAAUCUUUUUAAUAUGAUCUUUACAUUUAUAGAUUACAUAGUUUGAAAUAUAAAAGUAUUACAUAUUUGUACUUGUAAUUGUUGAUAACCCCAUAGAUUAUCACCUUUAUAUGAUAUACAUAUGUACUGGUUCACAUCUGAAACAUCUUCUGGACCACUUCAGGAAGCAUAUUAUUAUUUACUUUAUACAUCAUUUGAACAGUUGUCUUUUAUACAAUUUUAAAAUGUGUGACUUUAUGAAUCAUUUGUUGGGUCUCUGUAAUCCAUGUUAUUAAUAAUCUUCAUUACUCUCUUUUGUAAUAAGAUGAUUGUGUUGUGAUUAUUUUAUAUGUAUGUCCCCAGACCUUUAUGCAAUAUAAAAGUGAGAGAAAAUGGCUGAAUUGUUUGAGGAAGGAUUUAUUUUGUUUUUGUUUUUUUUACAAACUGACAUUUGUGGAUAAAACAAAAAUUCCCAUUAAUGGGUUUCAAUUUUUUUUUAAUGUAUGUAUUCUUUUUAAACAUCCACAAAACUAUAUCGACAUGAAUCAAAGUUCAGAGUGUCAGUAAAAAGCUAAUAUUGUACAUCAUCCCACAGAUAUUUACUUUGCAUUCUGUUGGAGCCAAAUUUCUUUAUUUGUUUAUUUAGUUUUUAUUUAGUUUUCUGUAAUUGAUUGCUGGCCUCAGUUGAUGCUGAAUUUCCUUUUCGGCAGAUUGCUCCGCCCACUUCCUCUUGAGAACCAGGAGAUGUUGACAGGGAUGGGACCGUUGCUAUGGUGCGGUUGCUAUGGUAACGUCAUUUAAUUGGGUUCAGGUGGGAACACUGGAGGGGCGACUGCAUGGAGGACACAAACUGUUUACAAGCUUGCUGUGUGUGGUCAGGUCUCACUGCUGUGACAAUGUUGCAUCCAAGUCAAGGUCAGCAUACUUUAUGUUCUACAGCCUACAUGUCAUUUCAGUUUGAUAGCCAAAAAUAAACUGAUUGUCAUAUCCAAACAUA